UACAUUAUACGUGCGGAGCAUCUGCAUACUUCCAUAUGAAAAUGGGUGCUGUUUUAAGCGAUUACAGUGCAUCAGUAGUUAAAAUGGAUCUAUUUGUAAUCAGACGUUUUAAACAAGGAAAACCCGAAUGAGCGUCUGUUGUUGAAUCCAGUUCUUACUCACAUGCCGUUUAUGUGUCACGUAUAGGUCAUGUAGCUGUUUGGUUGUGCUUUAAUCUUAUCAGAGUUCAAAUGAAACAUGAUUUAAACCAAAAAAAUUACAUUCCUCAAGAAAUCUGUGACUGUGAUAGUUUUUAGUAAGUAAUUCCUGAUCUCUACUUAAAACUUGUUUUGUUGUCUUGUUUAUAUAAAUGGCACUACUGUAUUGCUGGAUUGUCAUAUUAAUAAUAAUUGGUUUAGUUGAAGCUAAGCCAAUUUGCACUAAUACAAGUUUUGAUCAAGUUUCUUGUGUUCCUGGAAAUUAUAGUCAAGUUGUGCUCAGAAAAGGCAUGGUAUCUGAGAAUAAUUUUACCAAAUUAUUAAGUCUAACCAGUUGCAGGAUAAGUGAUGUUGAUUUUGAGGCAUUCGAUGGUGUCCCUGCACUACUAGAACUAGAUCUGUCUCAAAAUAUGAUUUCCUAUCUACAGCUUGGUGUACUAGAUGAGUUCAAACAACUCACGCAUUUAAAUCUCUCUUUUAAUUACAUAAGAAAUUUCCCCCUGGGAUUAUUCGACCAGAAACCAAACCUGAUAAGUCUAGACUUAGGUUCUAAUAAAUUACAAGCUUUGGAGCUCGGAAUAUUUGAUCCAUUAACAAAAUUAGAGUAUUUAGAUAUUUCUUGGAAUUCUUUAAUCGGUUCAGAAAUAAGCCCAUACAUAUUUGAUAUAAACAGACGAAUCAAAACAUUGAAAUUAUCAGGAAACAAUAUGAAUGAAGCCAAAGAAAACUUAUUGCACUCUUUGACAAUGUUACAAGUGCUUGCAUUAGAAGAUUGUAAGCUUGAUGUGUUUCCACCUUUUGCAUUGCAGAGAAGUAUGAAAAAGCUGCUCAGAUUGGAUUUAAGUUUAAAUAAAAUUCGACAGAUUAGUAACGAUUUAUCUUUUGAGAAUCUUACAAGUUUAAUUUCUUUACAUUUGACGUCAAAUGUCAUUGAAGAUAUUGGAGAAAACGUCUUCAAGCCUUUGAAAAAGAUUAAGGUGUUAGUAUUUCGCAAUAAUCGAAUAAAAGAUAUACCAGACACCCUAUUUCAGAAUAUUCCAGUGACUUUUGUGGAUUUGGCUAACAAUAUAAUAGAAUACAUACCAGUGAACGCUUUCAGAGGUACUAAAUUAAGGAAUUUCAAUAUAGCAAGCAACAGGAUUACUUAUUUGCAAGAUAACUUUUGUUUAGAAUUAAGGAAUUCUGGAGCCGUCUUGACGAAAUUUUAUUUUAAUGAUAAUCCCUGGCAAUGUGCAUGUUUAAGAGAUGUACUUAAUGAAGUCAAAAAGUUUGGAGUUACCUAUAAUGAUAAAAAAUAUGAUGGCAAGCAUCCAGUUUGUGUGGUACCUGAUGAUUUUGUAUGUCAUCGUCAUUUGCAAUAUAAUGAAAACGUUUAUAAAAUAUUUGAUAGUAGAUAAAUUGUAAAAUAUUUGAGAAUAUUCCUAGAUAUUAAAUACAAUAAAAAUAUAAUUUGAUAAAUUUAUAACCACGCCACCUAGUGUCUAAUUUAGGUAUGACAUUUAAUACUGCAAUACUUUUCGUAACGUUUCAAAUACAUAGUUGAUACUUAGUGCAGUGGAUAGGUGCCGCUAGUCACUGUUUAAAUAUUAAU